UGUAAUAUGUUCGGUACCUACCUACCUACUUACAAGUUUUUCUAUCUUCGAUAAAAAGUGUCGUCAAUUUGUGUUUUGUGUUGUUUUAGAGCUGGGUUUCGCUCUGUGUGGUGUCAUAACUAUUAGUUACAAACUCAAUAAAUAACUUAAUAGAAGAAUUCCAAGCACCAGAUUUUGUUAUUCGACAGUGUUGAUCAAGUCGACAAACUGGAUUAUAGAUAAUGAUGGACUCGGACUCGUCCGGCGCCGACUUCUGUCGGUUUUGUCGCUCGGAGGCAACGUCGGAUCGGCCUUUAUUCCACCCUUGCAUCUGUACCGGUUCGAUUAAAUGGAUCCAUCAGGAAUGCUUGGUGCAAUGGAUGAGAUACUCUCGGAAAGAAAUCUGCGAGCUUUGCGGUCAUCGCUUUUCUUUUAUGCCGAUAUAUUCUCCGGACAUGCCUCGCAGGCUGCCUAUCCGCGAUGUAGUGGGCGGCCUGGUGAUGUCCGUUGCGUCAGCCGUAAAGGACUGGCUCCAUUACACCCUGGUGGCUUUAGCCUGGCUCGGUAUCGUACCGCUUACGGCUUGCAGGACAUAUAGGUGCUUGUUCUCAGGCUCUCUGGGACCAGUUAUUUCCUUACCAUUUGAGAUUGUUUCUGCUGAGAAUCUUGCCAAAGAUGUUUUCUCAGGAUGUUUUAUUGUGACAUGUACACUUUUCUCUUUUAUUGGACUUGUGUGGUUGAGAGAACAAAUAAUGCACGGUGGAGGUCCAGACUGGAUGGAAAGAGAAAAUAUACCAGUUCCCCCACCAGAGGAUUUUGUACAGCCUGAGAAUAAUAAUGAAAGAGUUAAUGAAGUUGGAGGGGAUGACGGUGGAGCUCGUGAAGAAGGUAACGGAGUUGGUAACGGUAAUGGUGAAGGAGGUGGUGAAGAACCGUUAGUGGGCGAUGAAGCGAAUUGGAAUCCAAUGGAAUGGGAUAGAGCUGCUGCUGAAGAAUUGACAUGGGCCCGACUAUUAGGUCUUGAUGGGUCCAUGGUCUUUCUAGAGCAUGUGUUUUGGGUGGUAUCCCUCAACACUCUGUUUAUAGUGGUGUUUGCAUUCUGUCCUUAUCACAUAGGACGACUUGGGGCUGCCUUAGCAGGAUUAGCAACAGAAGGUCCUUAUGCUGGACCUUUGACAGCACUGGCUGGCUAUGUGUUAGUUGGUGCAAUACUUGCCGUACUUCAUGGCUUAGCUGCUCUGUUUCGGCUAAGGAGUGCCAAGAAAGCACUAGGAUUCUGCUACGUUGUAGUCAAAGUUGCACUGCUUUCAGUCAUGGAGAUAGGUGUGAUCCCUCUAAUAUGUGGAUGGUGGUUGGAUCUCUGUUCUCUCUCCAUGUUUGAUGCGACACUCAAAGAUCGUGAGUCAAGCCUUCAGGCGGCUCCCUGGACAUUGAUGUUUAUACAUUGGCUUGUCGGAAUGGUCUAUGUGUACUACUUUGCGUCAUUUGUGCUGUUACUAAGGGAAGUGCUGAGACCGGGAGUGUUAUGGUUCUUGAAGAAUCUGAACGAUCCUGAUUUCAGUCCAGUGCAGGAAAUGAUUCACUUGUCUGUCAUGUGUCACAUCAGAAGGCUGGUGUUGUCAGCCAUGAUCUUUGGCUCAGCAGUACUAUUCAUGCUUUGGAUGCCAAUAAGGGUCAUUAAAUAUGUGCUGCCCGGUUUCCUGCCAUACACUGUCUCCGUUCAUUCAGAAGCGCCAGUCAAUGAAUUAAGUUUGGAACUUCUUCUGCUUCAGGUGAUCCUUCCAGCUCUUCUGGAGCAAUCUCACACGAGGACGUGGUUAAAGAUGGCGGUGCGAGCUUGGUGCGUGUGCGCUUCUGGUCUCCUCGGCUUGAGAUCGUAUCUGCUUGGCGAGAUAUCGCGACAGGCUGAUCCUAAUCCGCCCCCACAUCUACCUCAUCAACUCGGUGUCGCUCAUCAAGCCCUGAUGCGUCGCGACGGUCCAGCGGCGGUGGAGCCCUACAUCCGCGUGUCGUGGUUCCCGCUAAGGUUGGCCGCGCUGCUUGUGCUGGUCUCUAUUUCGCUCGUGUUAGCGAGUGCAAUGACCCUUGUAAUUCCAGUAGCGAUCGGCAGAAAGGUGAUGGCGCUGUGGAUGCCUAAGGCGGCUGAGAGAGUUCACGAACUGUAUACCGCUGCAUGCGGUAUGUACGUGAGCUGGGCGGCGGGGCGGGCGGGCGUGGCGGCGGCGGGGUGGGCGCGGGGCGGGGCGCGCGGGGGCUUGUGGUCGCGCGCCGCGGUGUGGGCCCGCACGGCCGCCCGCGCCGCGCUCGCCGCCGUGCUACUGCUCGGGCUGGUGCCGCUCAUGUUCGGCUUGCUGCUCGAACUGGUUCUCGUAAUACCACUGAGCGUUCCCUUGGAGCAGUCCCCUGUGUUAUUCGUGUGGCAAGAUUGGGCUCUGGGCGUGUUGUAUACGAAGAUAAUGUGCGCCCUCACGAUGAUGGGACCCGAUUGGAGCAUGCGCCGUGCCCUCGAGAAAGCGUACCGGGACGGCAUCAGAGAAAUGGAUUUAAGGUUUAUCGUGGGGUCGGUGGGUGCCCCGCUGGUGCGGUGGCUGGGGCUGGCGCUGGCGGUGCCGUACGCGGCGGCGCACAGCGUGGCGCCCGUGCUGGUGUCAGGGGCCGCCCAGCGCAACCUGCUCGUGCGCCGCCUCUACCCCGCGCUGCUCCUCGCCGCGCUCUUCGCCUCGCUAGCGGCCUUCCAGAUCCGCCAGUUCAGAAAACUAUACGAACACAUAAAGAACGACAAGUACCUGGUAGGUCAGCGGCUCGUGAACUACGAUCACCGGAGACAGAAGCAGCAGCACAGCAGCGCCGUCACGUCGACAAACUGAAGCCUGUUCGCUCCGUGCCUCUAAAAAUUUAUAUCGAUCUCAUUCUAAGGGCCUCUGUCUAGGAGCGGCGUUUUCUCGACGAUUCUGAAGUCGAAACUUCUCUCGUACUUUCCUCCUUUCCCAUUAAGAACGAUAAAUAAAAAGGUUGCUUUUAGUAAAGGAAACAAAAAGAUAAAAAAUAAUUGAAGUGAUAUUUUAUUUGUUCCCACAUUGACCUGUAUAAUGAAAAGCAAUUUUAAAAAUAUCUAUACGAUUCAAUUUGUAUUAAUUAUUAGCAUAAAUUUUACAGUCUUCACCUCGUUCUCUAACCUUCUCUUCUGAACUAUUCUAAUACAACGAAAAUUUUAUUGUCACCUUAACUGCCAACGGUCGUCGUCGGCGCGUCGCCGGAAAAUCGUUACUUUGACCUAAAGGUCUUAGUUACCAUGUCAUAAAAUUCCUUAUAAAAAAAAAAAGAAAAUCGCUACUCUAACAAAGCACCGUUCCGCGGGUCGAUCGAAGCGGCAGUGAGUGUUGCACGCGUGUCGUCCUCAGUAAUAACAGUACAAAAUUGUUUUAGCACGAAUACGGGGUUUAAUAAAAAAAACCCGUCGGUUACACCACUGCCUUCCAGUGAAAAAAA